AUGUUGCCGUUGUUUUUGUACUUAUUUAGCUUUACAGCAAAUCCUCAGUUAAGACAAGUGACACUGGCACCAAUAAGGAGCACAUUUUCGACUCCAUCGUUUAACCGUGAAUCAGUACCUCCUACGUUUGCUUAUGGCCUUCCGCAGGAGCCUCGCUGGGGGUAUUACUAUCAGCAUUAUCCAUGGGACAAGCUACCGUUUGCAUUUGUUAGACGACCUGAAUUGCAUUAUGUUUAUCCCAAAGCUUUCAAGAACACGUUAUAUAGGAAUCCAAAUGGCGGGUUCUUAGGACAUUCAAGAUACGAAUCUUUAGCUACGGUUGUACGAAGUAGGCAGAAGUUUGAAGAUAAAAACUUUGUCGUCACUCAAACGAUGAUUACCUCUUUUACUUUGCUAGUUAUUAGUCGACUCAGCAGAGAUUGCUUGUUUCCUUUAUCUAAUGUUUUCCGUUUUUAUCUUCUUAUAGGUCCAAUUAUUAUUGCUUUAAAAGAAAAUUGUUUAGAAUAUAAUUUGUAUAUAAUUAACAUUAUACGAUAA